AGCACAUACUACUUGGGAGUCUGUUGCAACUUCUAUCUGUGCAACUGACUCAUCAGAGGAACAUCUUAAGCCUAGGGACUCGAUCGAGUGACGAGGUGUAUAUUGAGGGCCUACGAUGUCGCUCAAAGUUCCCAAGGCUGGAGGUCCAGACCUCUUCAAGUCGGGCUACAAGUACAUGUCCGGCUUAGAGGAGGCUGUCCUGCGAAACAUCUCGGCAGUGAUGGAGUUGAGCGAAAUUGUGCGGACAUCAUUCGGACCUAAUGGUCGCAACAAGCUUAUCAUCAACCACCUGGGCAAACUCUUCGUGACAUCGGAUGCUGCGACUAUCAUUCGCGAGAUCGAGGUCGCUCAUCCAGCUGCCAAAUUACUAGUCAUGGCUAGUACAGCCCAAGAAUCAGAGAUGGGAGACGCAACCAAUCUCGUGUUGAUUCUGGCUGGAGAGUUGCUGAAGAGGUCCGAGCACCUUUUGACCAUGGGUUUGCACCCUUCCGAUGUGAUCUUAGGGUAUGAGAUGGCCCUGGAGAAGGGCAGAGAGGAACUUAAGACCCUGGUCUGCUCAAGCCUCGCGUCUUCACCGCUCCCUACCAUCUCCGACCUCGCCGCCGCCAUCUCGCCCUCUCUCGCCUCGAAACAGCCUGGAUCAGAACAGAUCCUAUCAAAACUGGUAGCUGAGGCCGCGCUGGCGAUCAUGCCCAAGAAUCCGCGGGAUUUCAACGUGGAUUCCGUCAGGGUCGUCAAGGUCCUUGGAGGUGGACUCGAAGCCAGCAGAGUUGUCAGGGGAAUGGUCUUUGGACGAGAGCCGGAGGGUAUCGUCAAGAACGCGACGAAGGCAAAGGUUGCGGUCUACACAUGUGGUCUUGACAUUUCACAGACGGAGACCAAGGGUACGGUGCUGCUGAAAAAGGCUGAAGAGCUACUCGAUUUUUCUCGUGGAGAGGAGAAGCAGCUGGAAGGGUACUUCAAAGAGAUCGCCGACUCUGGUGUCAAGCUCAUCGUCGCCGGUUCUGGAAUUGGAGACUUGGCUUUGCAUUACCUCAAUCGACUCAACAUUGCCGUCAUCAAAGUUCUAUCCAAGUUCGAUCUCAGACGGCUGUGCCGCGUUGUCGGAGCCACCCCUUUGGCUCGUCUGGGUGCGCCUACCCCUGAAGAGGCCGGGCUCGUGGACGUGUUCGAAACUGUGGAGAUUGGAGGCGACCGCGUGACAGUCUUACGUCAGGAUUCAGAGAAAACGAGGACGUCCACAAUCGUUCUACGAGGUGCGACUGCCAAUUACCUCGACGAUCUUGAACGAUCCCUGGACGACGGGAUCAAUACGGUUAGGAUAUUGAUGAAGGAUGGCAGGCUUGUACCUGGAGCGGGAGCCAGUGAGAUAGAGAUCGCGAAGCGAGUGACUAGUUUUGGAGGCAAGACGGCGGGACUGGCACAACACUCUAUCAAGCGAUGGGCCGAGGCCUGCGAGGUUGUCCCACGCACGUUGGCAGAGAAUGCUGGACUUGACGCUGAGGAUGUUCUGAGUGGCUUGUACAAGGCGCAUGGAGAUGGCUUGGAGGAUGCUGGCGUUGACAUUGACGUGGAUGGAACAACGGGAGGAGGUGUAAAAUCCGCCAAGGAACUGCGUGUACUCGACUCGUACGCUGCCAAGGAUUGGGCCAUCAAGCUGGCGACCGAGGCCGCGGUGUCCGUACUGCGUGUGGACAGCAUCAUUGUCAGCAAACAAGCUGGCAUCUCAGCACCAAAGCAGCAGGGUCACUGGGAUGACAAUGACUAGGGUGUGGUGUUGACUACAGGGUCUCUGCGAUGAUGAGACCCAUUAGCACUCCCUCCCCUUCCAGAAAAUAAAGCUUUUAGCAUGCAUAGAAGGGGAUUUUUGUCUCAUUGCGCUUGCCGCGU